AUGACAAAUACUUUGUCAGAACUAAAGACGAGCAUAUUGCAAAAGACAGGGUUAUGUGGGUCCAAGUGGGUGAAGAAGGUGUUCUACAAGAUUCCAAUUGCGAUUGUUUCAACUGGUGUGCAGUAUGAAACAUUUGUGAUAGGGUCGAACGAAGAUAUGGAGGUUUUGUUUCAUUGUCGACGCAGUUUUUUGGAGUUCUGGUGUAUCCGCACCGAGUCCUCAGUCGAUGACGGUGGGGGUGCAUCAACUUCGAUGCUUGUCGUUGCAGCUUAUGGUCUUUUGGUUGAACCUACAUCCGUUCCACCAGCGGCAGCUAGGUCACCUGGUUUGAUUCCUGCACUUUUUGGUGAGGGUGAGCCGGAUCACAUAUUGGGAGACAGUGAGGAAGAUACUCCCAGGACACCACCAGCAUGUCGGGGGCCAUCCAGUUCUGGUUCAGGACAACAACCGCCACAUUUCUCGACAUGGAACUUGGAAACUAAGGAGGAAGUUGUGUUGAGUGUUAAGGAUUAUAGCAUUCAUCGUGGAGUUCAAUAUCGGGUGAUGAAGUCAGAUCAUCUGAAGUUUCAUGGGAGAUGCAAGGAGUUUGGGAAUGGCUGCACGUGGUUGAUUCGCAUCACACUUCGACAGCAUAAGGGUAAUUGGGAGGUUAGAAGGGCAGAUGCAGCGGUGCAAGAAGCUACUGAGGAAACCUAUGGAUUCAGGCCUAGUUAUAGGAAGGUUGAUGAGUUUACGAGGUACUUUCAUCGUCUUUUUUGGACAUUCCCUCCAUGCAUUGAGACAUUUAGGCAUUAUAAGCCACUAGUUAGCAUCGACAGGACUCAUCUGUAUGGGAAGUAUUUGUAUGGAAAGUAUGGCGGGACUUUGCUUCUGGCUAUUGCACAAGAUGGAAACUUGAAUAUACUACCAGUUGCGUUUGCACUUGUUGAGGAGGAGAAUACUGAGUCUUGGGCUUUUUUCUUAUCCCACUUGCGUCAACAUGUGACCCCACAAGAAGGCAUUCUGGUGAUUUCUGAUAGGCACAAUGGCAUUAAGGCUGCACUGGAGGCAACUGACAGUUCGUGGCUAACGCCUCAUGCAUAUCGAGCGUAUUGCAUUCGACAUGUUGCCGCUAACUUUGCCCUCAGUUUCAAAGGUCAGGAUGCGAGGCGGCUGCUAGUGAAUGCAGCGUACUCCAAGACUAAGGCAGAGUUUGACUAUUAG